UUUUUUGAUCCGCCUACCCUACAAUAUGCUUCAUUCACCUAGAAGAAUCAGGUAGUAGAAAGUUUACCGUGGGGUAAGGUGAAUCCGUGAACGCGUGGUGAGGUUUCCAAUACUUAAACAGACUUCACAAACCAGACAAGGAUAACAAAGGAAACUAAAAGAAGCCACCCAUUUAAUAUCUCUCCGUUUCCUCUCUCUUGUUCAUUGCCAUGGCUGCCCAAACUCAACAGCUUCACUUCAUUCUGUUCCCUCUAAUGGCCCAAGGUCACAUGAUCCCAGUGAUAGACAUAGCCAAACUGUUAGCACAACGCGGCGUAACAGUCACCAUAGUCACCACCCCCCACAACGCCAAUCGGUUCAGGGCUAUCGUUGCUCGGGCCAUAGAAUCCGGACUCUCUAUCCGGUUUCUGGAACUCAGAUUUCCAUGCGAAGAAGCCGGAUUGCCGGAGGGAUGUGAGAAUCUUGAUCUGCUCCCUUCAGUGGACUGGGCCUCAAAAUUCUUUGUGGCUACUUCCAUGUUGCAACAACCAUUGGAGGAGGAGCUUGGGGAGAUGGAACCAAAGCCUAGCUGCAUAAUCUCUGACAUGGGUUUUCCUUGGACAAGUGAACUGGCUAGUAAAUUUCACAUUCCAAGAAUUGUUUUCCACGGGACUUGUUGCUUCUCUCUGCUGUGUUCUCACAAUUUGAAGCUGUACAAUGUUCUUGAUAAUUUGAAGUCAGAGUCAGAGCCCUUUGUGGUGCCUGGUUUGCCGGACCCGAUUGAGCUAACCAAAGCCCAGUUGCCAGGUUUCAAUACACCUUCAUCAUCCCCGUUUAAAAGAGUUUCCGACCAAAUUAAGGAGGCUGAGAAAGCAGCAUAUGGGGUGGUGGUUAAUACUUUUGAGGAGUUGGAGAAGGAGUAUGUCAAGGAAUUCAAAAAGGCGAAAGGCGGUAAAGUUUGGUGCAUUGGUCCUGUUUCAUUGUGCAACAAAGAGGUUUCAGACAAGGCUGAGAGAGGUAAAAAGCCUUCAAUUGAGGGCACUCAUUGCUUGGACUGGCUCGACUUGCAGGAUCCAGGCUCCGUAGUUUAUGUUUGCCUUGGAAGCCUCUCAAGGUUAACAGCUUCACAGAUGAUAGAGAUUGGUUUGGGACUAGAAGAAUCGAACAGACCGUUCAUUUGGGUCGUGAAGGAAACAUCCGAUGAGUUGGAGAAAUGGAUAUCAGAAGAAGGGUUUGGGGAGAGGACUAAAGACCGAGGACUUCUGAUCCGCGGUUGGGCUCCACAAGUUCUAAUAUUGUCGCACCCGGCAAUUGGCAUAUUUUUCACGCACUGUGGGUGGAACUCGACUCUGGAAGGGGUGUGUGCUGGUGUGCCGAUGAUGACAUGGCCGAUGUUUGCAGAGCAGUUUUGCAAUGAGAAGUUGGUCGUGCAAGUUUUGAGGAUCGGAGUGAGUGUUGGUGGGGGGGUUCCUAUGAUGUGGGGGGAGGAGAAUAAGGUAGGGGUAUUGGUGAAAAAAGAUGUUGUCAAGGAGGGCAUAGAUGACUUGUUGGAUGGAGGAGAGGAAGGAGAAGUGAGAAGAGAAAGAGCUAGGAAGCUUGGGGAUAUGGCAAGGCGGGCAGUAGAGGAAGGAGGUUCUUCUCACCUCAACAUGACUUUGCUGAUUCAAGAUAUCAGGGAGAAGGUGAAUUGUGAGCAAUGAAUAUGUGCGCGUGUUUGUGUGACGGAGAUCAAUUUAUUUGUCCUAGUGAAAGAUAUGAUGUGCGUGUGUGUGUCUAUAUAUAUAUAUAUAUUGUGCGAGGAACAAGAAUUUGCCAUCAAUAGACGUUUCCACUAUUGACAGAAGUCACGAGUUUAAGGCGUGCUAUCAACGCUCUUUUGAACUUGGGGCCAACGCCCCACGACUCAGGUCUUUGGAAUGUUGUUCUAACGCAGUUUAAUGAUACAGUGAAUGCAAUUUUAAGUUAGUAAUGCA